GCUUGAGCAGACGGCCAUUUUCAAAGAUAGCGGCGUGGUUUAAACUUCAGGCCUUUUAAGAUCUACAUAGGGACCAAAUAGUGUCAAACAAUAUCGUUGUUGUCCACUCGCGAUUUUUUUAUAAAAGAAUUGCAGUCACGGGUAAACUCUGACGGUCGAUCGGUAACAGGAAAUAAACAUAAUUUUUGUUAGGCCUUAUACAAUUAACUCUCCAUUAAAACAGCUCGUAAUGACUAAUCUUAACCCUUUUACACUCCAUUUUUAGCUCAUCUGAGCACAACAUACUCAUGGUGAGCUAUUGUGAUCGCCAUUUGUUUGUCGUGCAUCAUGCAGCGUCAACAUUUACCUUGUUUACACUCUAGUGGCUACAUUUAUUGUCCAUUCUUAAUGAAACUUGUCUGUGGGUGUGUCUGUCCGAAUAUGCUGCGUCGCGUGAACCUCCAAAAUGCUUGAGCUAAAGACAUGCAACUUAACAGGAAUAUUGGAUGAAGAAGAGCGUGACAUCCUGGUAGGAAAGUCGAAAAGUCCGACAAAGAUGAGAUCAAUUUACAUACAGGAUGCAACGGUGGACAGAGUAAAAGUGGCUUUGUGGAGAAACACCAACAAAGACGUCAGAACUGGGGAUUACGUCAAAAUCACUGAUUUGACAAUACACACUAACCAAACAAAGUACACAACUGAAACCAGCUUCAAUUCUACCUACACAACUUCAGUUACUAAAGUCGAACAACCAACUGUACAUGUGACGGUUACAGUAAUAGGUGCCUGUGUACAAGAUGACGUUACAGAACUUCUCCUCAGUGAUGACUCUGUGAGGGCAAUACCUUCACAAUUAUUAAUGGCUGCCCUUCCACAAGAACUUGAUGAAGACUUGGAUCCAGAAUCUUUCUUUGCAGAGAGAAAAACAAACUUAAGGCUGCAAUUAAAAGGAUCAGAAGUACUUUCAGUGAUACUUCAGUAAACUGUUAUACAUAUACAUGACAUUAUUCAGCAUUCCUAGUUUACCUUGUUUUUCAUAGUGUUUUUUUUAUAUAAAUCUACUACUUUUUCAUACAUUUUACAACAAGC